CCUUCGACUAGAACGGAACUGAGCCUUCCCCUGGGGAGCAGGGAGUCUAGAUACAUGGCAAGACGUUCCUUCGAAAAUGCAUUCAUCUUCUGGCUCUACUUCUAAGGCGUCCAGAAACAAAACAAAACUCAAGACCGUGAAACUCGACGCGACCUCUGAGCCUCCGAACAAGAAACUGAGAACCCUGCCCGUUUUUGAUCUGACAGGGUCUGUGUCUCGGCCGCCACCACAAGAGCAUCCAGUGUCGUCGCAACGACUCUCGCUGUUGCAGUCGCAGACCCAAAAAAAGGACGUGAAGGGAAAGGGAAAGCCAGGUUUGCCUCCAGUACACAAGGACGAUGAUAGACUUUGGGUUGAUAAGUAUGAGCCAACGAUCGAGGCUGAUUUGGCAGUGCACAAGCGCAAAGUCGAGGAUGUGCGACGAUGGCUAUCGGAGGCCUUUGAAGGAGGGCCGACUGGGAAGCUGCGAAAAUAUCGCCGUAUUCUGGUCCUCACUGGGCCUGCUGGUACUGCAAAGACCACUACAGUGCGCGUGUUAGCUCGAGAGAUGGGUUUCGAAAUUGUCGAGUGGCGCAACAGCAUGAGCGAACGCGGCCCGAGUGCCUUUAUCGAAGAUUCUAAGGACUUUGGUGAUGACUCUUGGAUGGAUACGGAAGCAUUGUUCGACAAAUUUCAAGCAUUCCUCAAGAGAGCCUCCGCAUGCCAUAGUAUAUUUACUUCGAACUCUGCAGCCGCGUCGACGCAAUCGCAAUCCCGCAGUGGCGAAUUCAAAUUCGUAACACAGCCAUCUACGCAAUCACUCCCCUCCACUUCCUCGAGUCAGGCUUCCAACCGCCACUUGAUCCUUCUGGAGGACCUGCCUAAUAUCCUGCAUCUCCCUACGCAGGUGCGAUUUCACGAGGCCUUGCAGUCACUAUGUGGGUCUUCUGAGUCCGGAACCCCGGUCGUAAUUGUCAUAUCCGACUCUGGUCUCCGCGGCGAGAACGCCUAUAAUGAUGAUGCAUGGGACGGCGCGGGUGGUUCGCGCUGGUCCAAGAAAGAGACUAUAGACAUCCGAAACCUUCUCGGACCUGAUCUUUCCAUCAGCCCAUACGUUACACGCAUCGCUUUCAACCCUAUUGCACCGACGCUGAUGACUAAGGCCCUACAGGCGAUGCUCACUAACCAUUUCGCGUCCGCGUCCGGAAAGCCACCAGCCAAAGAUGUCGUGGAGAUGAUUGUCGAGUCGUCGAAUGGGGAUAUCAGGAGCGCGGUAAUGGCACUGGAGUUUUCUUGUGUAGUAACGUUGGCCAAGAGCGGUGGGAAGGGAAAGACCAGACGGAAUACGGCUAGAAGUGGGGGUGCGCGUGCUGUUCUGGAGGCUGUCACACGAAGAGAGCAAAGUCUAGUACUAUUUCAUCUGAUGGGAAAGAUAUUGUAUAACAAACGCAAGGGAGACCCUCCGGCAACACACCUUUCCGCCAAAGAUGCCGCAAAGGAGCGUGAGCUGGAUGAAACCCUCCUAGACCCGUCACCUCUGCCAGACUGGCUUUCGGAACAUGAUCGGAAGGCGAGUCGGGUUUGCCUAGAGACGAUUGCAUCAGAUUCGCCUAUUGACUCGUCGCUCCUGGGAUUGUACGUCCACCAAAAUUAUACUAUGUUCUGCACGGAUGUCGAUCAAUGUGCCGGGGUCUGUGAUGGGCUUAGUUGGGUUGACUGGGUCGGCGGUCACCUCCCGUCCAACACUCCAUACGCCUUUCCGACACUCGCAUUGUCCACGCUCCAUGCUCUCCCUACGCCGGUCCCGCGAAAAGGGCAGAAGGUGUGCAAGCCCUCAUGGUUUGAUGUGCGUAAUAAGGAGCAGGAUGCAUUGGAAGGCGUGGGCGAUGUUGCGACGUGGUUGGGACAUGGAGGGGCAAGUGACGAGCGGGCACCGGGAAGAUGGACGCAUGGGGACAUUGCUGUUGAACUGAGUGGCUGGUUGCGCGCUAUUGACCGUCCUGGUGGUGCUCAACUUCCGGUGCCGCGGGCACAUAGACUUUUCUCGUGCCUUCCGUGGGGUGUGGGAAGUGUUGGUGGGGAUGUUCUUGGAGAAGAUGAGUAUGGGGAGGUAGAUGAUGGUGAGGGCGAGGGUGAUAUCAGGAUUUUAGGAGCUGUAAGAGACCAAGAGGAGGGAAAGGGCUGGUGGUUGGAGAACGAUGAUAUAGAGGAGGCAGAGUAGCACAGAAAUGGAGACUUGCAGCGAUACAUAUAACACAUAUCAUGAUACACCUUAUAAUGACAUUUUCAAACUCCAGGCGCU